UUCUUCUUCUGAAAGUGUCCUUUCUCUCUGUAUUAAUUCUUGUUUUUUUUUUAUUUGUUAAUUAAUUAAAUUUGUCACUCCUGGACUGGUUCUAUAGCCCCCUCUCUCUCUCUCUCUAUCUCUCUCGCACGCACACACACACACACAGAACGUACACUAUCCUUCGUAAUACUUUCAUUCAUCGCGAAGUAAAAGAGAGCUUGUGCAGGUGUCAGACUUCCCGCGACGGAAAUCGGUGAGAGAAAGAGAAAUAAAAGUUAGACGAAAUCGGUGGCACGAGUGGUGUAGUAGCAUAGUGUUGAUAACAAGCUCAAGUGGUGGUGUUAGGUGAUAGUGUCAAAAGCUUUCUUCUAAGUGCUUAUCGAUCAAUGUAAUGUGUGAUGGUGUUGUUCAUGGUGGGGUGAUGAUCGUGGCCCUUUUUCAUAGUUGCACGUUAAUAAAAACAUCCAAUCGCCCGCAACGAUCAAGUGCAUACAUAUAAUCUACACAGUGAUUGAUCAUAAUCCGAAUAAUUGAAAAAGGAAAUCAUAGAAUAACUUGAAUACACCAAGUAAAAAUUCAAAGGACGCAGAAAAGCAAACUAUUGCAGAGACGAGAUUUUGAUCCGAAAUUAUUUGGAAAAAAAAGAAAAAAUAAAAGUAAAAGGACAAAGUGGUGUAAAAACCGUUACAUAAAGUGAAGUUAAAGGCAGAUAGACAUAUAUAUAUAUCGGUUGUAAUCGGUGGUGUCUUGAUUAAAAAGGUUCGAAGAAAAAAGUAACUUGAGGUUGUAGAGGUAAGAAUAAGAAAAAGGCGGCGUUAACGACCGGUAGCCGAGGUAACUCAUCGAGAAAACCGUUUAAAGAGGGACUUACGUCGGCCUCCGGCGGCAGAUCGAACGCGCCGAGUAUAUACUAAGAAAAAAAGAAAUAAGAUAAAAGAGUCGACGAGGGAUCAGAUGCCACCUCGUAAACCGAUCCCUUGGUUCCCGAUAUUCGCGAACAAACCGUUCUGACGUGUGGGAGAGUAAGAGGAUUGACCGGCGCCUAGAGUCUUCUUCGCCUGUCCUUUUUACAAAACACGUAUAUUCAACAUACGAACAAAACGAAGAAGAGGUGGAGAAGGACGAAGUGGAGGAAGAAGAAGAAGAAGAAGAUUGUUAAUGAUGCGAGAGUAUCGAAGAUGUAGUACGCGGCCAGUGGACCGGGUGCAGCAUCCUCCGUUCUCAUCGAGAAUCGGCUUUUCAAGGCGGAAGUGAUAUGGGGCCCUAAUCGAGAGUAAGAUCGGUUGAGAUAUAGGGAGAGAGAAAGAAAACUAGGCUAACGCAAAAGGGAAAAUAUAUUCGAAUGAAAAAAGAUGUUAGCAGCUGGUAGAUAAAUAAUAUCCAAUGAAAUCGAGCGUAUUUAUUAAUAAUCGCUUGAAAAUAAAAGACAAAGUAGAGUAGGGAUUGAGGAAGAGUAAGAGGAAAGAGAGUAGAUGAGAACGUCAUGCCCACUGAGAUCGACACGGGCGGGCGAAGGGUGCUGCACUGUCAUUACCGUGCCGACUGCCCUCAACCAAUCCUCUUAUCAACAUCUACUAAGAAAGAUGAGCUACUUCUAAGGCUCUCGAAUCCUAUCAUCGAGAGUUCUCACGAAAGGUCGCAUGAAAGGUCUCACGAAAGGCAUCAUCAGGAAGCUCGAGUCAUCGGUGGUGAAGUCAAUAAUCCUCGUGGUUGUACUCGCCGCCUGAAUCGAUAUGAUGAUCGCUUUCAACGAAAUUCUUCUUGUCGUCGUCGUCGUCAUCAUCAUCAUCAUCAUCAUCAUCAUAGUUAUCAUAGUUAUCAUCAUCGACGGCAUAGAUCUAACGUUGAUCUUAUCAAGGAUGCUGAAUCUAUAUUAACCAAUGAGAAUGUCGUUACUUACAUCUCCGGACCAUGCACGAGUAUUACGACUACUACUACUUGCGCUAAUGCUGCAGCUACUGUUAAUACUAAUACUUGGUGGAACACCGCUACAACGACGACCAAGACGACGAGCAAAAGAUUUUCCAACAGAAGAAGCUUGUCUUGUUCCCUAGAGACUAUUAUUCAUCGACGCUUACGGUCCAGGACUGUUUCCUUACCAAGGAAAUUCCGCGAUCGGAGCUACCAACGUACGAAUUAUUCAUCUUCCUUCGGCAAGGAAGAUCGCAAACUUUAUUCGUGCAAAAACUUUUCUAACAAUGAUCGGACAUUCUCCUUACCAUCAUCUAUAUCCUUAUCGUCCUCGUCGUCCUCCUGUUCGUCCGUUAACUCGAGGAGUCGCGUUAUUCAAAAAAAUACGCUAUUAUUUUCUAGUCAUCGCUCGCGAUCUAUUAAGGAACCUCUUAAACGGGCUGCCGAUCGAUCGAGUUCAUUGUCCAAUAACUCUUCCUCCUAUUCUUACGCAUCUUCCACGGGGAGUGUCAUUAUAUCCCAUAAAUUUCCUUUAAACUGCUUUACAAAAUCCUCAGAAUCGUCAUCUUCCUCUGCUUCGUUAUCUUCUUAUUCUUCAUCCUCCUCCCGAUCCUCGAGAUUUUUCGCCGAUACCAAAUACGCAUUGAAACAAAAGUGUCGUUUCUACUUUCAGCUAGCCUUCCUUUUAUUUCUCCUUGCGUUUGGCCAUAGUGGACUGUUAAAAUCGAGUGUGCCUAAGCUUAGUGCGAGAUCGUAUUCUUUGUCAUCGUCAUUCUGCGGGAUUAAUCCCGGAAAGUUAACUGGUUUAGUUGGAAUCGGUAGCAUCGUUAGUAGUGUUGUAGUAAGUGGUGCACCGAUCGACUUGAUCACUGACGCCGGUGUCAGAGCUGAGAGAUCGGCCAAUCUCUCCCACAUUACUGGUGCCUCCAGGAAGAUUCAGAUGUACAUCAAGAAUCGUCAUCUACAGAUCUUGCCUGAUGGCACGGUUAACGGAUCCAAUGACGACACUUCCGACUACACGAUUUUUCAAAGGAUGUCGGUGUCGAGAGGUCAACUGAGGAUCCAGGGUGUCGCGACUUGCCUUUACCUCUGUAUGGAUUCCUGCGGUCUGCUUUAUGGCUCGCGGGAGUACACGGAGGACUGCGUGUUCAACGAGACGUUGGAACAGCACAACUACAACACGUACAGCUCGGUAAAAUGGUCGACCGGAAAGAGGACGCUCUACCUUGGAUUAAAUCGUCGCGGACAACCGAGGAGGGUCCAAGCUAAGGAUCAUACGCUCGGUAGAUUGUCGACUUACGCGAGGGUGCUCACGCAGGUAGCACCGCCGGAUCGAGUGGAAGCUCUUCAAAGAAAGAUGUUGGGUGCCGAGCACAAUGUCCGCCAUCGUCACGGUAGUCAUGCUCAAAGGCAACAGCAUCGGCAUCACCAGGAAUCCCCCCAGGGUGACCUGAGUCAGCAGCAGCAGACCGUCUGCCCGAAUCUCCCAGCCCAAGAGAAGGAUGGUAGAGAUAAGUUUAGAUGUCGCAAACGUAAAAAGAGAAAGAAGAGAAAACGUCGGUGUAGACCCGGGGAGAAAGUUGGUCCGCAGUGUCAAUUACCGGAAGGCCGAGAAACGUCGUCGUCGUCGUCGUCGUCGUCAUCGUUAUCUGGGGCAACCUGCGAGGAGGCUGUCAACGAGGAAGCGUGCAAAAGGCAAGCCCUCCCCGCGACCUCGAAGAAAAAGAAAUUCCGGAUAGGUGAGGAAAGCUCGUUGGUGGAAAAAGGUCCAAGGGAACCAACGACGACGACGACGACGACGACGACGACGACGACGACGACGACGACGAGGACGAGGACUGGCAGCAACGCCACCGAGACGGAGGACGCGUCAACGCCGGAUGUUCUUCACCUGAGCAACACCACCGCCAACGCCCCCGCCAACGCCCCCGCCACCCACGAGGACGAGGAUGAGGAGGAGGAGGAGGAGGAAGAGGAGGAGGAGGAGGAGGAGGAGGAGGAGGAGGAGCUCCUCACCACGAGCAUCGGUAAGAACCUUGAACAAGCAACGUCAAAAAAGUCAAACGUCGCCGGCACCAUUAGUCAAAGUAAAAAGCCUGAUUUGCUGGACGGAAAGAAGAAGAAGAAGAUGAAGAAGAAGAAAAAGAAAAGGAAGAGAGGUCCCGCUUGGCCAAAGAGGAGGAGGAACCCGUUAUCCAGGAAGAAGGAGGAUGGCGGGGAGGAGGAGGACGAGGCCGAACCCGAGGGCCUGGAAGAGGAAGAGACGAGAGAGGAGGGCAAGAAGAAAAGGAAAGCGAUCGCGGAAAUGGUGGAAAGGAAAGAUCAUCGUCUACGAUUGAACGAGCAACAGAAGGAGGGGAUUGUAGCAGGGAAGAAAAGGGAGCCAGUCGGGGAAAUACCGUCGGUAUCCGCGACGAACUCCUCGCUUUCCUCGUCCUCGUCCUCUUCGGCCUCCUCCUCGAACCGUUCCUCCCCCAAACGAAAGAAGAACGCCGCAUCCCAAGUAAGACGAAAACUCGUGCAACAGAGGGUAGUGGUCAACGACAAACCGAAGCUGAGCCCGACAACGACCACGACCACGACCACAACAGUUCCUGAGACCCGGUCGAAAGAUUUGUGGAAUUUUGGUGGGUUCGUUAACGGUUCCUCUUUCGAAUCUAACGCGACCACCGAGCGUUUCGAGAGACUGGCCAUGUAAACGAUAAUUAAAAUAUUAUUAUGCGAACACAAUAGAUGCGUGGUGCAUGUGUACAUAUUUAUAGUCGAUCUGCAUAUCUAUCUUUUUUCGAAUGACUUCCGCGGUUAUCAUCUUGGAACUCGAUGCCGAACUAUGCCUUACGCGAAAUCCUAAAGUAUGUCUCUCUCGCUUUAUUUCUAUCUCUACCUCUAUCUAUCUUAUCUUAUCCUCCUAUCUUAUUCUUCUUUCUUUCUUUACUGCAGUUAGACUUUUCUUGUCGAAACGUAACACCUUUCCUAUGUAAAAGCGACACCAUUUCUAAGAUAAGAGAAAAGACUCGUUCCUUCGUUAACGACGCGCCAUUCCCAAGAUAUUGCAAUUGAUUUAAAUCAUCUUCCUCGCGUUUAUGCGUUAUAUUGAUUAAUGCUAUAUAAUUAUUUAACUAAGCAUUUAAUACUCUUACUUAUUAUGUAGCCUCGUAAAAGUCCGUUAAAUAACAUCCUUCCGAGUUAUAUCCUGAUUCAUAAAUUUACAGAUAACACGACGAACAAGGAAAAGGACCUCCCAAAAAAUAAUCAUUUUCGAGUCGGUCAUCUUUUUCUAUUACAUUUCGUAAAUCAAAAUCUUGAUAACUUAGCAGAUAUGAAAUCAAUCAAACGAAAAGAAUGUCGUCGGCAUAUCGAGAAUAUUUCUCCUAGAUGGACGAAAAUAAGAGAAUAGGAGAGGAGAGGAGAGGAGAGAGAGAGAGAGAGAGAGAGAGAGAGAGAGAGAGAGAGAAAUCGUCGUUCGGAUAUAUGUCAUAGAUAUCCUCGAUGUAUUUUUCAAAGCUAGUAAAUUAGUCGCUUUGUGAAAGAACAGUUAAUCAGAAUUUCUCAAACGCUACUGUAGUAGAACUGCUGAGAAUUAAACUUUGAAACGAAAAUAAAAAAAGACAAAAAAAAAAAUAGAAAAAGAGAGAUAGAGAGAGAGAGAGAGAGAGAGAAAUAUAAAAAGAAAAAGAAGACGAAAGAAAGAGAAAACGCGUUUGAACGCCUAAAAUUCCUAGAUCCUCCGAUCGUCUUCUAGAUCUUUCAAACAUGAGUCGUAAAAACGAAUUGUUCGAUCUAAAAAUAGGAUAUUUAUUAAAGACUUAUUUAUUGUAAAACAACUGCAUAAAUAAUACUGUUAUACCAUCAUCGAUCAUGCUUCCACAAGUAUUUUACAUUUCAUCAUCCUCUCUCUUAUCCAUGUUAACGGUGGAUCGCAGUGUUACAGUGUUGCAUCCAAACAACAAUUCAUUGCGUCUGAUUGCUAUGACAAAUAUUCGUGAAAAAGAAUAAAAAUAACAACGAAAUAUAUAUAUAUAUAUAUAUACUAUAUAUUUGUCGCCUAAGCACGCUGUGUGUGUCCGUCAUGGUUCCUUCCAAUUAGUAUUAAACACA